AUGUGGGACAACGAACAGACAACAGCUCUUUUGGAGAUCAUUCGCGACGUGCUGCACGCUCAGGGCAGCGCCCUCCCCGGCAGGAUCGAGGACUGGGGGGCGGUGCACCGCGAGUGGUUGCGACGAGGGUUCCCGCGGUACUCGAAGGAGCAGCUGAGAAUCCGGUGCAGUUCGGUGCGCGGGUGGGUGAAGGAUAUUCAGUUUCUGCAGGAGCUGCUGCCGCCUGAAGUCACCUGGGACCCCACCACUCAGCCCUUCAACCCCGACCCUGAGCGUCUACCACCCUCCUCCGCCUCCUCCGCCUCCCCUCUCUCUCACGGAAGCCCCGCACGGCAACGACCACACUCCUCGUCCCUCCCUUCACUCCGUUGCUCCUAUCCCGCUUACCCCCCUUUCCCCGCUCCCUUCACCCCCCCCACCGCCCUUCUUCAGCUGGGCAUCAGCCUGUGGCUGAAGCAACAUGGGCAGUGGAAGCACUACAGGCGGUGGAGCAAGCACACGGCGCCCUGGCUGCCCCUUGCUCUGCUCAACGCCCACACGUGCCCUGCUGAGGUUGAGUGGGAGGAGGAGGACGAGGAGGAGGCGGAUUGGGGAGAAGGGGAGGGAGAGGAGGAGGAUGGGGAAGAGGAGGAAGAUGAAGUGAUGGAGGUGCGGGCAGGUGGGGAGGGGAAUGGGGAUGCGGAGGAGGAGGUUGAGGAGGGGGAGUGGGGAGAGGGAUGGGGCGAUGGGAGCCGACUGCGGCGAGUGGCAGGGAGGUAUAGGCGUGGAGGAAGGAAAGUGCGGCGGCAGAGAGAUAGAGAGGGGUUGGAGGCACGGGGGGGUAGUGGAGAGCGGUGGAGGGGUGGAGAGUUGGAUGGUGAUGAGUGGUUGGGGACGUGGAGGAUGGAUGCGUUGCAACAGGCUGCACAGGGAGGGGGCGCGAGGAGAAGAGAGGGACGAGAGGGUGUGGAAGGGAGAGGGGUUGGGAGUGGUGGGGUCGGGGCUGCACAGGGGAAUGGUGGGGUCGAUGGUGUUCCGCGUGCUGAGGUGGCACGUAACAAUGUCACCUUUGCUGACGUGGCUAAUGCUGCUGACGUGGCUCAUGCUGCUGACGUGGCUCGUGCUGACGUGGCCUGUGCUGACGUGGCUCGUGUGGGUGAGACUGGUGGUGCAAGUGCGGAUGAUAGGGACGAGUACCCUGCGAGGCUGGCAGCGCGGAUCGCUGGCAUGGCAGUGAGAAGGAGGGAGCAAGGCGGCACAGAGAGGCUCGCGGUUGAGGGCGAGGGGGGAGGGGCCGGGGAUGGGGGAGGAGGAAAUGCCAAUGCACAACGGGGGGAUGGGGAUCUUGAAGGAGAGAAUGGGGUGGGGGAGAGGCAGGAAAGAGAGAGAAGGGAGGAGGGGAGAGCGGGGAGGGGUGUGAAGCGGUCGAGGCCGGUGUGGGUGCAGGCAAUGGAGAGGAAGCGGCAGCGGCGGGUGAUGGAGAGUGUGGCGCGUGCCGUCAAGAGCAUGGCGGAGAAGGGCCAGCCGCACGUGCAUAGAGACGCGGUGGCGGACAGUGUUGUGAAGGCAGUGCAGGACGUGCAGGCCCUCCCCUCUCUGACGGACGCGCAGCGCGUGGCGGCCAUCGAUGCCUUCCUGCAGCGCCCCCUCGACGCCCACGCCUUCCAGGCCAUGAGCCCCGCCUUGCAGACCCUCUUUGCCCGCCGCGCCCACGCCCACGCCGUUGACCGGCAGCUGGCCGGGAUUCAAGCUGCCGCUGCUGCGGGGGGGAAUGCGCUCCUCCCAGACCAGCAGCUUGGGGGGCUGCCAGGUGUGGCUGGGGGUGCUGGUGUGGUGGGGGGGACUGCGGGGGUGGGAACGGCGGGGGUGGGAACGGCGGGGGUGGGAACGGCGGGGGUGGGAACGGAGGGGGUGGGAACGGCGGGGUUGGGACCGGCGGGGUUGGGAACGGCCGGGGUGGGAACGGCGGGGGUGGGAACGGCGGGGGUGGGGGCGGCGGGGGUGGGGACGGCGGGGGUGGGGACGGCGGGGGUGGGAACGGCGGGGGUGGGAACGGCGGGGGUGGGAACGGUGCGGUUGGGAACAGCGGUGGUGGGCAUGGGGAGUACAGGAAUGGGGGCAAUGGGAAGAGGGGGGACGAGCAUGGUGGGAACAGUAACAGGGGGAACACGGAUGGGGGAAACGGGAUUCGGUUCGAGGGGAUUGGGGACGAUGGGGCAAACGGGGGCAGUGGGAGGGAUGGCAGGAGGUGGGGGUGUGGCAGGAGGUGGGAGUGUGGGUGUGGGAACGGCAGCAGCAGGUACAGUAGCAGCAGACACAGCAGGAGAAGGGAGGGGUGUACAAGGUGUGGGAGGGGUUGCAGGGGGAGUAGGGGAAACCGGGGCGGCAGCAGGGGCAAGAGGAGCAGGAGGGAUGGGCGGCACACAAGGGGCGGGCGGCAUGGCAGGGCUGCAGGUGCUGGGGCCUCGCGUGCAGGAGUUGAUGCACGAGUUGGUUAGAGAGAUCCUGGGAGCAGUCAAUGCGAGUCAACAGAAGGUCAGCACGGGUCAACAGGCAGUCAGUGCUGGUCAAGGGGCGGUCAAUGCUGGUCAAGGGGCGGUCAAUGCAGGUCACACAAGGUUAACUGGCAAUCCAGCGGUGGUCAAUGGGAUUCGAUGCGAGUGCCAUGAGUGUGUGGCUGCUAGAUUGGCGAUGAGAACACGUGAAGGCACAGUCAACGCGAGUCAAGAUGGAGUCAAUGCGGGUCAAGAUGGAGUCAACGCGAGUCAACCAGUGGUCAAUGCGGAUCCAAGGAGGGGAGUGGUAGCGAAUCAAGUGGAGGCAGCUGUCGGCCAAUCAGGGUUAGGUGCAGGUCGUGUGGGGACGGCUGCUGUGCUAGAGACAAGAAAUGCUGGUCAAGCACCAGUCAACGCAGGUCAAGCACGAAUAAACGCCGGUCAAGCACGAGUCAACACUGGUCAAGCAGCAGUCAACGCCGGUCAAGCACGAGUCAACGCUGGUCUAGCACGAUUAAACACUGGUCACACAACAGUCAACGCCGGCCAAGCACGAGUCAACGCUGGUCACGCUCCAGUCAACCCUGGUCACGCUCCAGUCAACCCUGGACAAACACCAGUCAACACUGGUCGCGCAGCAGCCAACGCCAGUCAAGCACGAGUCAACGAUGGUCAAGCACUAGUCAACGCGGGUCAAGCACGAAUAAACGCCGGUCAAGCACGAGUCAACGCUGGUCAUGCAGCAGUCAACCCUGGUCAAGCACCAGUCAACGCUGGUCACGCAGCAGCCAACGCCAGUCAAGCACGAGUCAACGCUGGUCAAGCACCAUUCAACGCUGGUCAAGCACCAUUCAACGCUGGUCAAGCACCAUUCAACGCUGGUCACGCACUGGUCAACGCUGGUCAAGCACCAUUCACUGCUGGUCAUGCACCAGUCAACGCUGGUCAAGCACUGGUCAACGCUGGUCAACCACCAUUCAACGCGUUUCAAGCACUGGUCAACGCUGGUCAAGCACCAUUCAGUGUUGUUCAAGCAUUGGUCAACGCUGGUCAAUUACCAUUCACUGCUGGUCAAGCACCAGCCAACGCUGUUCAAGCGCUGGUCAACGCCGGUCAAGCACCAUUCACUGUUGGUCAAGCACUAGUCAACGCUGGUCAAGCAUCAUUCAACGCUGGUCAAGCACUGGUCAACGCUGGUCAAGCACCAUUCAACGCUGGUCUAUGGGCUGCUAAUGCAGGUGGAGGGGUGGGCCAAGGCAGAGCAGAGGGAGGAGGGGUGUGGAGGGACGCAGCGAUCCUGGGGCUGCUAUUGAAGCUGCUGCAAGGCCAGGCGAAGGAAACGGAUGGGGCUGUGGCGAGGGGACAGGGGGAAAACGUCGGGCAAAGAGGGGAGCAGGGAGAGCAGCAGGGAAGGCAGCAUGGAGGGGAGCAGGGAGGGGUGCAGGGAGGGGGGCAGGAAGGGGGGCAGGGAGGGGGGCAGGGAGGGGGGCAGGGAGGGGAGCAGGGAGGGGGGCAGGGAGGGGAGCAGGGAGGGGAACAGGGAGGAGGGCAAGGAGGGAAUCGAGGAGGGAAUCAGGGAGGGAAUCAGGGAGCGGAUGAGAGAGUCAGCUUGCCCGGGGAAAGUGGCAGUGGAGGGGGGCACUUCACGCUGUCGCACCGCUGUGUGGCGGACGGGCCGGCAGGGCAGUGCAGCCUGUGCAGCAUCGUUGCCAAUUUCGCCAAAAUGGUGGGCGCCCAGGGUGGCCUGGGGGGCGCGCAGGGUGGCCUGGGGGGCGCGCAGGGUGGCCUGGGGAGCGCGCAGGGUGGCCUGGGGGGCGCGCAGGGUGGCCUGAUGGGGGUUGCUGCUGGGGGAGGAGUGCCCGCAGCAAGCGAUCUGAGGGGGAGUGGUGGUGGGGAAGCGGUGGCUGUGCCGAGUGGAGGAGGAGGGGGUGGUGUGGGAGAGGUGCGCAUGUCGGGAGGAGGAGGGGGGAGUGGUGGUGGAGGGGAGGAGGGGGUGGGCGUUGAAGUUGAAGGGGUUGGGGCGGGAGAGACGGGAGAGGUGAGAGACGCGGGAGAGGUGGGAGAGGUGAGAGACGCGGGAGAGGUGGGAGAGGUGAGAGACGCGGGAGAGGUGGGAGAGGUGAGGCCAGGGGGUGGUGGAGAGGGACGGGGGGCUGGAGAAGGAGGGGAGGGUGUAGAAGGAGAGGGGAAUGGGGGAGGGGGGGGUGGAGAGGGAGGGGGUGGUGGAGAGGAACGGAGGGUUGGAGAAGGAGGGGAGGGUGAAGGGUUGGGCGGCAGGGCAGGGCUGCAGCUGCUGGGGCAUCGCGUGCAGGAGUUUGCUGGAAGAGAGAGCCUGGGAGCAGUCAACGCGAGUCAACAGAUGGCCAGCACGGGUCAACAGGCAGUCAAUGCUGGUCAAGGUUUAGUGAACAUGCGCCAAUCAGCAGUGAAUCAAGGUCCACUGGAAAGUGUGGGUGCAGGCGAAGGGGCAGUCAACGCUGGUCAAGCAGCAGUGAACGCAGGUCAAGGGGCAGUGAACGCAGGUCAAGGGGCAGUGAACGCAGGUCAAGGGGCAGUGAACGCAGGUCAAGGGGCAGUGAACGCAGGUCAAGGGGCAGUGAACGCAGGUCAAGGGGCAGUGAACGCAGGUCAAGGGGCAGUGAACGCAGGUCAAGGGGCAGUGAACGCAGGUCAAGGGGCAGUAAACACAGGUCAAGGGGCAGUGAACGCAGGUCAAGGGGCAGUGAACGCAGGUCAAGGGGCAGUGAACGCAGGUCAAGGGGCAGUAAACACAGGUCAAGGGGCAGUGAACGCAGGUCAAGGGGCAGUGAACGCAGGUCACACGGGGAUGACUGGCAAUCCAGUGGUGGUCCAUGGGAUUCAAUGCAAGUGCCGUGAGUGUCUUGUUGCUACAUUGGCGGCCAGAAUACGUGAAGGUGCGGUCAACCUGAGUCAAGCGGUCAAUCUGAGUCAAGCAGCAGGCAAUCCAAUUCAAGCAGUAGUCAAUCCAAUUCAAGCAGCAGUCUAUGUAGCGAGUCAACUAGUGGCCAAUGCGGAUCCAAGGAGGAAAGUCGCAGCGAAUCAGGUGGAAAUGGCUGUCGGUCAACAAGGGUUAGAUGCAGGUCGUGCAGUCAAUGCUGGUCAAGCACCAGUCAACGCUGGUCAAGCACCAUUCAAUGCUGGUCAAGCACUGGUCAACACGGGCCACGCACUGGCCAACGUGGGUCAAGCACCAGUCAACGCUGGUCAAGCACCAGUCAACGCUGGUCUAUGGGCUGCUAAUGCAGGUGGAGGGGUGGGCCAAGGCAGAGCAGAGGGAGGAGGGGUGGUGGGAAGAGGAGGGGCUUGGAGGGACGCAACGACCAUGGGACUGCUGCACCUGCUGCUGCCAGGCCGGGCAAAGGAAAGGGGCGGGGCUGUGGCGAGGGGACAGGAGGAGACCGGCGGACAAAGAGCGGAGCAGGGAGGGGGGCAGGGAGGGGGGCAGGGAGGGGAGCAGGGAGGGGAGCAGGGAGGGGAGCAGGGAUUGGGGCAGGGAGGGGAGCAGGGAAGGGUGCAGGGGGGGGAGCAGGGAGGGGGGCAGGGGGUUGAGCAGGGAGGGGGGCAGGGAGUGGGGCAGGGAAGGGGACAGAGAGGGGGGCAGGAAGGGAGACAGGGAGGGAAGCAGGGAGGGGAGCAGGGAGGGGAGCAGGGAGGGAAGCAGGGAGGGGAGGAGGGAGGGGAGGAGAGAGUGGGAACAGUCAGCAUGCCGGGGGGAAGCGGCAGUGAAGGGGGGUUCUUCACGGUGUCGCACCGCUGUGUGGCGGAUGGGCCGGCAGGGCAGUGCAGCCUGUGCAGCAUCAUGGCCAAUUUUGUGAGAGUGGUGGGUGCAUAUGGCGGCCUGGGGGGGGUUGCUGCUGGGGGAGGAGUGCCCGCAGAAAGUGACCUGAGGGGGAGUGGUGGGGAAGCGGUGGCUGUGCCGAGUGGAGGGGGGGUUGGUGCUGGGGGAGAGGUGCGCUUGACGGGGGAAGGAGGGGGGAGUGGUGGUGGAGGGGCGGAGGGGGUGGGUGUUGCGGGUCAGGGAUGUGUUGCGGGUCAGGGAUGUGUUGCGGGUCAGGGAUGUGUUGCGGGUCAGGGAUGUGUUGCGGGUCAGGGAUGUGUUGCGGGUCAGGGAUGUGAGACGGGAGAGGUGAGGAUGGAGGAGCAGGGGGGUGCAGGUGACGAUUCACCAACUGCCGGCCCAGAAGAGGUCAAUGCAGGUCAAGGGGCAGUCAAUGCAGGUCAAGGGGCGGCCAAUGCAGGUCAAGGGGCGGUCAAUGCAGGUCAAGGGGCGGUCAAUGCAGGUCAAGGGGCGGCCAAUGCAGGUCAAGGGGCGGAUUUGAGUGGAGGGAAGGAGUUGAGUUCACAGGAGGAUGUCACUCGAGAAACGAGUGAGGGCAAGGAGUUGAGUGAGGGGAGGGGAACCGUGUGUGUGAGUGACGGGGUUAUGGUGCUUGAGGAGGGAGAUGUGAUUAUGGGGGAGGCAGGUACUACUGAGGGGGAAGCGGAUGUGACUAUGGGGGAAGCGGACAUGAGUGUGAUGGGAGGGGACCUCGUUAUGGGGGAAGGGACAACAACUGUGGGGGGAGGGGGCAUCAAUGAAACGGAAGGAGAAUCGAGAGGGAAGGAGGGAGAGAGGAGUGGGAAGGAGGGAGAAACGAGUGGGAAGGAGGGAGAGAGGAGUGGGAAGGAGGGAGAAACGAGUGGGAAGGAGGGAGAAACGAGUGGGAAGGAGGGAGAGAGGAGUGGGAAGGAGGGAGAGGCGAGUGGGGAGGAGGGAGAGACAAGCGGGAGGGAGGGAGAAACGAGUGGGAAAGAGGAGGAUGCUACUAUGGGAAAAGGCGAUAUGAGUGCAACGGAAGGAGAGGAAGGAGGCAUGAGCAUAGGGGAAGGCGAGGUGCAAGUGGUUUCAGAGAAAGGCUUUGAAGGUCACUUGAUUGUGAAUGAUGGUCAGGGGGGAAGUGAUUCUUGUGAAACGGUAGUCAGCGAGGGUCAAGGCGCAGACAGCGAGAGUCAAGGAGCAGUCAACGAGAGUCAAGGAGCAGUCAACGAGAGUCAAGGUGCAGUCAACGAGCAUCAAGGAGCAGUCAACGAGAGUCAAGGUGCAGUCAACGAGCAUCAAGGAGCAGUCAACGAGAGUCAAGGUGCAGUCAACGAGGGACAAGGUGUGGAGGGUGCGAGUCAAAGGGUUACAAGUGAUGAUCAAGUGCCAGUCAGCAUGGGUCAACGCGCAGUCAGCAUGGGUCAACGCGCAGUCAGCAUGGGUCAACGCGCAGUCAGCAUGGGUCAACGCGCAGUCAGCAAUGAUCAAGACGUGAGCAGCGGGGGUGAGAGUAGUGGGCGGAUGCUCAAUGAGCGUUCAGCAGAAGACCAUGCGAGUCAGACACAGGUCGGUGGAGGUGAAGUGAAGGGGGCAGGGGGUGAAAGGGAAGCAAGGGCAGGUCAAACCGACCAAUGUGGUGUGGAUGGGUCGGAUGAGGUGGAGUGGGAAGACGAGGCAGGCACGGACUGA